AUAUGCUUCAAAAUCAUGCGGCACGAUCUCUACAAAGGACCUCAAAACGAUGGAUAAACUGGAGAGAUUCGAUGAAAGAAGGCACAUUUUCAGCGGAUAUUGCAGAAAAUAAACCAACGCAUAUUAUUGUUGGAGCUGGAAGUGCUGGCUGCGUUUUAGCAAACCGUCUAACUGAAGAUCCUUCGAAUCGAGUACUUCUUAUCGAAGCUGGACCAGUUGAUCAUAAAUGGGAUUGGAGAAUACACAUGCCAGCUGCACUUAUGUAUAAUCUCUGUUCAGACACUUAUAACUGGCAUUAUCACACAACUGCUCAAAAAAAUUUAGGAAAUCGAGUAUUUUAUUGGCCGAGAGGAAGAGUAUGGGGUGGAAGUUCAACACUGAAUGCAAUGUGCUAUGUACGAGGACAUGCCUACGACUAUAAUCGAUGGGAGAAAGAAGGUGCAUCAGGAUGGAACUAUGCAAAUUGUCUACCAUACUUCAAAAAAGCAGAGACUUAUUCUGACGCAACCGGUCCAAAUGACCCAUAUAGAGGAAAUAAUGGUCCAUUAUACGUUAAAAAAGGAGAUGCUGAAAAUCCAUUGCAUAAAGCUUGGUUAAAUGUUGGAAAAGAACAUCCGUUAGGUUGGACAAAUGAUAUGAAUGGAGAAAAACAGGAAGGAAUAUCUACUAUGGAUAUGACUAUUCAUAAUGGAGAACGCUGGUCCGCAUCGAAAGCAUAUGUUCAUCCGAUUCGAAACCGUCCGAACUUGAUCACAUCUUCUGGAAUCACUUGUACACGGGUAUUAUUCGACACGAACAAGGCGAUCGGAAUCGAAUUUAUUCGAAAAUUGAACUUUGUCGGAACGGAUUCUAUCGAUUCAUACAGUAGAGAGAAGAUUUAUUGCCAAGGAGAUGUUAUUUUGGCUGGUGGAGCCAUCAAUACACCCCAAUUGCUUAUGCUCAGUGGAGUCGGGCCAGCUGAUCAUCUGAGGUCUCACGAAAUUCCAAUAGUUGCAAAUUUACCUGGAGUUGGUCAGAAUCUUCAAGAUCAUCUUGAGAUCUAUGUUCAACAAGAAUCAACGCAACCCGUAACCCUAUACAACAAAAGUUCAUGGAAGUUCCCACACAAUAUGAUCAAAAUCGGGCUCGAAUGGUUCACAAAUCGAACAGGACUAGGUGCAUCAUCUCAUUUGGAAACUGGUGGAUUUGCAAGAUCAGAUGAUACGGUUACACAUCCUGAUAUUCAAUUCCACUUUUUACCAUCUACAGUACACGAUGAUGGUAGAACCAAUGGAACUUGUCAUGGUUAUCAGGUCCAUGUUGGUCCAAUGCGGUCUCAAUCGAAAGGAUACAUAAUGUUACAAGCCAAGGAUCCUCGCCGUGCUCCAAUCAUCAAUCCGAACUAUAUGGAAGAAGAUUCAGAUUGGCGAGAAUUCCGUAAAUGUAUCCGAGUGUCUCGUGAACUUUUCGCAUCAAAAGCGUUUGACGAAUUCAGAGGAAAGGAGUUGGCUCCUGGACCAGAUUGCCAAUCAGAUGCUGAUAUUGAUCGAUUUGUUAAAGAAAAAGCAGCAUCAGCAUAUCAUCCAUCAUGUACUUGUAAAAUGGGAUCAGAAAAUGAUAAAAUGGCAGUUGUUAAUCCAGAAACGAUGGGAGUAUACGGAACAGAAAAUUUGAAAGUCGUCGACGCAAGUGUAAUGCCAUCAAUUGUUAGUGGAAACUUGAACGCCCCAGUGAUAAUGAUGGCAGAACGAGCAGCGGAUCUGAUAAAACACAAAAAACAACUACUUCCACCGUCAGAUGCAAAUGUUUGGCACCAUAACUAGGAUUUUUAUUUAUUUUAAUAAAGUUAUUUAGAUUCUG